UCCCUCUCCGGUGUCAUUUUGUUGAGAGACGAUUGAGAUCAGAACACUUUUCCUUUCAGAGAAUAACGGAUCAUCUGAGUGUUGUAUCUUGUUUUCUUUGUGUUGUUGUCACCAGCUGGACCGCGGGCAGGUUUCAGCACCAUGGACAGACUGGACGCUGCCGCUUUCCUACAGAUCUGGGAACAUUUCGACGUGGAUGAUAGCGGUUACAUCGAAGGAAAGGAGCUGGACGCCUUCUUCCAACACAUGCUGGAAACAUUUGGAUUGAAGAGAGAGGAAAUAAAUGAGGAGAAAUUCAUCAGACUGAGAGAAAGGUUCACAUCUGCUUACGACUCCGCAGCUGACGGACGCCUGCAGAUACAAGAGCUGGCCACCAUCAUGCUGCCAGAGGAGGAGAACUUCUUGCUUCUGUUCCGCAGAGAGACGCCGCUGGACAACAGCGUGGAGUUCAUGAGGAUCUGGAGGAGCUAUGACACAGACAGCAGCGGCUACAUCUCAGCCAUCGAGCUCAAGGGCUUCCUUCAUGACCUCUUCCUACAACAUGACAAGUCCAUCACCCCUGAAAAACUGGAGGAGUACACUGACACCAUGAUGAAGAUGUUUGACAGAAACAGGGAUGGCAGACUGGACCUUAAUGAUCUGGCCAGAAUACUGGCCCUGAAAGAGAACUUCUUACUGAAGUUUAAAAUGGACGCUUGCAGUCAGGAGGACAGGAAGAGAGACUUUGAGAAGAUAUUUGCUCACUAUGAUGUUAGUAAGACGGGUGAGUUGGAGGGCCCUGAGGUGGAUGGAUUCGUCAAAGAUAUGAUGGAGCUGGUGAAGCCCAGCAUCAGUGGCACAGACCUGGACAAGUUCAGGAAAGCUCUGAUGGGUCACUGUGACAUCAACGGAGACGGAAAGAUCCAGAAGAACGAGCUGGCUCUCUGCCUCGGCCUCAAACUCAGCUAACGGACCCCCACAACAUUCACACGCCUCUUUCUUUCCUCAACCUUCUUUCCAUAUCCCUUCUCUCUUCUACAGUUCUAAAUUCUUUCAUUUUUCAAUUUCAAUGUGUAUCUUUUACUGUUUCCUUCUGUCUAAACCAUUACUUCUACCUUCCUAUUUUAGCAGUAUCUCCUCCCUUAAAGGCUCUCAGUUGGUGUUUAAAGAAUGAUGUAUCUACAUACAUGCGUUAUGCUCAUAUAUACAGUAUAUAAGCUUAGUACAUUUCCAUAGUUAUAUAUAUUUAUAUUAAAAUAUCUAGCAGGUGAGAUAAUGAUAAAAGUGUGUUAAAUGUGAAGCCUUGAGUUGGGACAUAAAAAAAGUUUCAGUUUUCUUUCUUUCUUUCUUUGUAAUGUUAAAAUGUAUGAAACCGUGUUUGAAUGACAUUUUAGUGAAACUAGUAUCAUGAAUGAUGUCUAAUAAAAUAGUUUGUGUCUUUGUGAA